AUGUCCUCAUGUUGGCGCCAACUUUUGGGGAAAACGGGCAUAUUGCCCUCGCCACAACAGAGGGGUGUUCCACGUGGUUUUGAAACCAAAGUAUCGUCAUUGGCUGCUCAUGUUCCGGACCUCGUUGUUUACAGCCCUCUCACUAAGGAAGUACCAUCCGUAGAGCAUUUUUAUGGUGUCCUGCUUUUCGCUGAUGUGUCAGGUUUCACAGCACUUACCGAGAAGUUCAGCCACAGCAGUAAGAAGGGCUAUGGAGCGGACGAAUUGACACACACUCUGAACAGCUACAUAGGAGAAAUAGUGAACUAUAUCCUUGCAGCAGGGGGCGAUGUUCUAAAUUACGCAGGUGAUGCUAUUUUGGCCUUAUGGAAAGCAGAGAGGACACAGCUGAGUGAUAUCAUUUUCCACGCUGUUAGAUGCAGUCUUAAUAUUCAAGAUGAGUGUGGAAUUCGAGAGACAAAAGUGGGCUGUCAAUUACGAGUCAAAAUAGGUAUAUCAGCUGGGAAGCUGUCAAAAGCAAUUGUCGGGGAUGAAGGGAGACAGCACUUUGUUGUGAUUGGCAGAGCAGUAGAUGAAGUGAGACUGGCAGAGGGUUUGGCUGAGGCAAGCACCAUAAUCCUCUCUCCAAAUGCUUGGGAACUGUGUGACCGUGACAACAUUGUUAUUGAACGCAUUGAAAAUGAACGUGCAAUCAAGGUGCGAUACAUUAAACGACAGCCCCAUUUUUCAGUGGAAAACUUCAUUUCUGCCAUUUGUAAAGACGUGGAGCAUGAGCAUCCACAUACAGGCUGUCUCCGAAAAGCCUCUAGAUUAAAGCCAGAUAAAGAUCGAGAGGAAUUUCUCCGGAAAUACAUCAUGAAACCUGUCUUGAAAAAGCUGGAUGAGGCGCAGCCUCUGGAGUGCCUGUCAGAGAUGAGGCCCGUCACCAUUGUGUUCAUGAACCUGCAGUUUACGGAGCCUGAGUGUCACGAGAGCCAGUGCUCCGCCAUUCACACGGCCACGGUCGGCAUCAGCCACUAUAUGCAAAGACACCACGGCAGAAUAAACAAAGUCUUCACGUUUGACAAAGGCUGCACGUUCCUGUGUCUGUUCGGCCUUCCAGGGGAUAAGAGAGAGGACGAGAGUGCCAAUGCUCUGGAAGCUGCCUAUGGGAGCCACACAUUCUGUCUCACAGAGAUCAAGAGUCUGAGGACUGCGUCUGUUGGCGUGACUACAGGGCCUGUAUUCUGUGGUGUAAUUGGUCAUUGUUUGAGACAUGAAUAUACUGUUAUUGGGCGCAAGGUGAACCUGGCUGCUCGGCUGAUGAUGCACUACCCUGGGAUGGUGUCCUGUGACAACGAGACCUUGCACAACUCCAGACUGCCAUCCUUCUACUUCAGUGAGCUGCCCAAGACAGCCAUGAAGGGUGUGCGUAACCCAGGCCCCAUCUUCAAGUUCACCAUCAGGACAGAUCAGAUAUCUCUUAGUAAAGCGCCAGUUUCUGUGUGCAGAGAGGAAGGAUGCCCACUGAUAGGUCGAGAAAAGGAGAUGGAAGUUUUCUCUAGGGCUCUAAGGGACUUCUUGGAGGCCAGGGACUCUGGUGAUAACAGUUCCUGCAAUGUUGUCAUUUAUGAGGGAGCUACUGGCUUUGGGAAAACCCGUCUGCUAGCAGAGUGCAUUUACCGAACAGGACAGGAGGGUGUGAGAGCCAUAUCUUGUGAACUGAGCAAAGCAUAUGUCAGACAUCCUAAUUACACCUUCAAUACGCUGUUGGCCCUCUUACUGUCAGUGCAGAACUGCAAGAGCUAUGCAGAACGCGAGAGAGUAAUUCUCUCCAAGGUCCAAGAGCCUGAGCUCAGCAAAAACCUGUGUCUUCUCAACCAUGUUCUUCAAGUCAAGUUUCCCAUUUCAAAAGCAGUGGCACUCAUGGACAAUGAAACCAAGAACACAGAGCUGAAAAACUACUGCCUCCGGCUGUUUUGCAAGAUGGUUGAGGAGGAGCCGUGUGUGAUAGUGGUGGAUCAGGCUCACUUUGUAGACCAGGCGUCGUGGAGUUUGCUGAUAGAGUUGUGUGAACGAGCCCCAGUGCUCGUGUGCCUGUCCUUGCUGCCUCACACCAGUCAGAGCGACCCGUUCCCCGAACUCAGCCGCAUUGUCGAUAGCCCCCGCACACUCUAUCUCAAACUGCCCACCCUGCAGCCCCCACUCGUCGCCCAACUCGCCUGUCAAAUGCUCAGCGUGGUCCGCAUUCCCACCGAGGUGGAGCUGUUUCUGGUGGAGAGAAGUCAUGGAGUGCCGUUUUACUGUGUGGAGCUGCUCAGGAGCCUGUGUCUGAGUAAAAUGAUCCUUAUCAAAGCAGUGGAGGAGGAGGCAAACAGCAGUGACUUUAAUAUGAUGUUUCCUGGGCCACCGUUGGUGCAGAGCUCCAAAAACAGUGCAGUGGAUGAUAGCGAGGAGUCUGGUGAUUGCUCUCCAGGUCAAAGAAAAACAUCUUUGGUGAACCUAGAGGCACCAGUGAAAUCAAGGUCAACUGAUCAUACGUUUGUGUGUGUUGUGCGGAAAGCGGCAAAUUUACAUGAAAUUCCAAUCCCCCUGACUCUUAAAGGCAUGGCCCUUGCUCGCUUGGAUCACCUGCAGCCUGCCGAGCAGAUGAUCGUGAAGUAUGCGGCCGUCAUCGGUCACACUUUCAGCAGGCAGACACUGAGCCAAAUCCUGCCAGACGUCAGAGAGCAGAAGCUGGACAUCUGUUUGGUGUCACUUUUUAAUUCAGCCACAUUUGAAUGCGCCUCCAAGACCAGACGUUUUUCCCUGGAGCCAUCCACAGAGGGCGACCGUUGGAGCAUGCUUGAUUGUUACUGCGAUGGAAAGAAAGGUGACAAUGAUUACCAGACAGGGUUGGCAUGUGUGAAUGGUGUGUGGCAGUGUACAAUGAUGCGCUUCUGCAUGGCACUGUUGAAGGAUACAGCCUAUGAACUGUGGCCAGAGGAGCAGAAGAGAGAGAUCCACUGGAAGUGUGCUAGUUUCCUCAUGAACUGUGCCCACCGUUGCGAGGAGUGUGACACUGAUGAGUUCAUCUUUGGACACAGGGCAGCCAUCAACCAUGCCAAAAUCAAGGCCCAUGACCCAGACUCCAGGGAGAGGAAGUUGUCUUCUCAGAGACAUCCUCGUCUGCGUAGGGGGGCCGUCCAACUGAGUCAUAUUUCCCUUACUUCCCAAAUCAGUGAGGAGGAGCACUUGCUGGUACAAUUUGUGGAUGACUGCGAGAUCGCAAUGCAGACAGACAGCAGCAGAGGCUGUGGAUGUUCCCAGGUGGUGGACUCUGUGCUCUGUCCGAUGGUGCGUCAUUGGAUGGGGGUGGGUGAUGUGCAAAGAACGUUCUACUACCUGCUAGAGAUGGCCGCAGCCUCCUGCUACCUCUCUCAAAACCUGAAGGCUCUGUCGUAUCUGAAUGAAGCUGAAAUGAUUCUGCACAAUUUAAAAGAGGGGAAGCCUGCAUUUGAAACCGCUGACCCAAAGUAUAAGGUCAAAAUCUGUAACUUUGAGAGAGCCUGUGUGUUUCGCCUGAGAGGAGAGAUGCUAUUCAUUACAGGCCAGAUUCUACAAGCAGAGAAGAUGUUUGUGAAGGCUUUGAAGUUCCUCAACAGGAGGAUCCCAGAGAACGCUUUUGCUGUGUCUCUGAAGUACAUGUUUGAGAAGAUGAGAAGUGGCCGCUACAGAUACAAACGCUUUGAAAUUCCUGAGAAAAGGAAGCUAGCGUUCCUGAACGAGCAGAUCUGCUGUCUCUCGUACAUGUGGCAAAUUAGCUGCAUGCGGCAUUUGCCCAGGAACGCGUUGCUGGCCAUCACCAUGGAGACGAAUUGUGCGAUACUCAGUGCUGAGGAGUUCCAGAUCAUCUCGUCCUCCAUUGACUAUUUGCAGUGCAGUCACAUAGUGGGCAUGGAGACUCAGCAUGAGUUGUGUGAACACAAACUGUGGACCACAUUCUCUGAUCUGUCUCCCACUACUGAGGGGCUAGUGCUUUUCUAUCACUUCAUGAGAAGCCUCACCAUCGUCAGACUCUGCUGUGGUGACCUGAAGCAGUCCAUCCAGUGUGGUGCCACAGCUCACAGGAUCAGUAAGCUGAUGAACCAUCCGAGUUUGGGAGUGUGGAUCAUAACUGUGCUGCACGUCCCUCUGUUGCUCACUUACAGAUACAGUGAGUGUGUACAACUCCUUCACAGUUUGGAGCACCUGGGUGACAUGACAAAUAUCAGCACAGCCAAGGGCUGGUUCUACUCUGCCUGCUUUGACUUCAUACUUUAUGCUGGAUUUGCUUUUCGUCCAUUUGCCGAGUGUCUGACAUUUGUGGAGGACUCACAGUCUGACCCUAACCUGGUGACAGACAGAAGUCUAAUGAUGAACCUGUAUUCAGCUUUGGCCCUGUGGUAUGUGCGUCUGCAUGAGUGGGAGAGGGCCCAUCGUUUCUACUGUAAAGCUUACAGGUUGAGCAGAGAGCUUCCAGUCUCCAUCCACUCCUGCAGAGGGGUUGUCAUGUUCCUGGAGUGCAGUGUCCUGCUUUUUGGGAAAGCACUGGUUGAUCGCAGCACUCAUGCCAAGACCAUCUAUCGCAACAUACAGAAGCAACUGUGUGCCUUCAGCCAACUCUACAGCUCAUACAAGAUCUUUCUCCCACAAUUCCUUCACCUCAAAGCCUACAUGUGUAUGCUGGUAGGUCAUGAUGCCCUGGCCAGACACAAUCUGAUGAAUGGUCUUCAGCUGUGUAAGAAACAAGGCAACACACUGGUACAGAGCAGGAUCAAACAUAGCCAGGAUGUAUGGUUUGGAAACACCAAGCAGGGCUGUGAGGACUGGCUGGUGGCCACUCUGAAUAUGCCCAGCUGGGACAAAGCAGCACAGUUGGACCCCGAAGGGCUGCAGCACUACCAUUUCCUCUAA